AUGUUUAGGUACAAACUUAAAUUUAUUAGAUUUACAUGUCAAUGCCGAUCAAACUAUCUUGAUCAAUCUCCAAAUCGUGUAACACAUCCAGGCCGUUAUUGUGUUCCCCGUCCAACUCCUCCACCAGAUGAGUGUCAAUUAACUGCUGGAAAUAAAGGAUGUAAAGUUGAAUUGAAUGAAGUUUGUCGAAUUGUUGCUGGCCAACCAAAAUGUGCUUGCCCAUUGAAUUAUGAAAGAGCUACUACUAAAAAUAAUACUAGUGGUACUGCAGCUUGUACAGUCAUUAACGAAUGUCAAUUCCCACAGCUGAAUGAUUGCCAUCCGAGUGCGGAAUGCCAAGAUUUGGUUGAUGGUUUUACAUGUAAAUGUCGAUCUGGUUUUAAAGAUAUUUCUCCUAAAGCUAAUGAACGACCCGGAAGAUUGUGUCAAGCUUUGGUUAACGAAUGCCAAUUUCCUCAUCUAAACGAUUGCCACCUACAUGCAGAAUGUAUCGAUUUGGAGGAUAGUUUUCAAUGCCGUUGUAAAAAAGGAUUUAAUGAUCUACGACCUGAAAGGCCGGGGCGAAUAUGCAAACAAAUGAUUGAUGAAUGUGAACGUCCCGAGCUUAAUUCAUGUGAUAGAAAUGCAAAAUGUUUGGAUGAAGAGGACGGAUAUAAUUGUGAAUGUAAAUCUGGAUUUGCUGAUGUUUCUCCAUCGCCUAGUUUACCAGGAAGAGCUUGUCGCCCAAUUGUUAAUGAAUGUUUAGACCAAAAAUUGAAUGAUUGUGAUCCGCGAGCAAAAUGCAUUGAUCAGCCAGAUGGAUAUCAAUGUGAAUGUCCUUCAAACACAAAAGAUAUUUCUCCAUCUGCAGCUUUCCCUGGACGAGUAUGCCAUGUAUUUGAAAAUGAAUGU